AUGGACGCCCGCUUCACCCGGGGGAAGUCCCCCCUCCUGGAGCGAGCCCUGGGCCGGCCCCGCACCGAGGUGAGCCUCAGCGCCUUCGCCCUCCUCUUCUCCGAGCUGGUGCAGUACUGCCAGAACCGCGUCUACUCGGUGGCCGAGCUGCAGGCCAAGCUGGCCCGCUUGGGCCACCAAGUGGGUCUCCGCGUCCUGGACGCCUUGGUGGCCCGGGAGAAGAGCGGACGGCGCGAGACCAAGGUCCUCAACGUCCUCCUCUUCGUCAAGGGCCCCGUCUGGCGGGCCCUCUUCGGGAAGGAAGCCGACAAGUUGGAGCAAGCCAACGACGACGACAAGACCUACUACGUCAUCGAGAAGGAGCCCUUGGUCAACACCUACAUCUCGGUCCCCAAGGAGAACAGCACCCUCAACUGCGCCGCCUUCACCGCCGGCCUGGUGGAGGCCGUCCUCACCGCCAGCGGCUUCCCCGCCAAGGUCACCGCUCACUGGCACAAGGGCACCACCCUCAUGAUCAAGUUCGAGGAGGCCGUCAUCGCCCGGGACAAGAGCCUGGAGGGGCGCUGA